AACGCAAUUUUUCUUAUACGGUUACGUUCAACGUCCAUGAACAGUGCACCUAUACUUUUGUGUUUGAAACAACACAAUCUAGAUACUGUGAUUUGCUCGUAAUCAGCUUGCAAGUUCUAAAAUAUCGUACCCAUAUUAUAAAAAAAAUUUUCAUUAGUGAUGUAAUAGUAGGUACUUUAAUGAACGAAAAUAGUUAACAUAAAUAUUCGAAGGCACGUGGUUUGUUCAUACCUAUCGUUUAAAUUUGUAAAAUAAUGUUUUUUGAACGAAAAAUCUCCAAGCUAUUGAAUGUGUUUUUCCUAUGGCUAUUAAUGACGCAUAAGUGCUCAUGUGAUGAAAAAAAUCAAUGCAUAUACAAUCAUGAAGAUCGUAUUUAUACAGCUAUUUGCUCUGAUAAAAAACUAGAGGCAGUUCCGAGCAAUUUGGAUCGAAAUAUUGAGGGUUUAUAUUUGGACGACAAUAAACUCGAUGUGAUUGGUGACAGUGCGUUUGAAAAUACGCCCAAUGUCAAAUAUUUAUUCAUAAAUUCCAACACAGGUGUACAUAUAACACCUAAUGCUUUUGGACCUUUGAAGAAUCUACACACUUUGGAUCUUAGCAAGGACCGUGUCGUAAAUGUUCCCGCUAUCAAAUUCCCAGAGUCGUUGAAACUAUUGAAUCUCGACGGAAUAAAUAGGAUCAAAAUCACAACCAUAAGUUAUUUGCCAGAGUUGAAAAGUUUGUCGUUGCAAGACUGUAAUUUAGAUAAGGUGCCUUCUUUCGGAGGUCCUCUAAUCCACUUGAGCAAAAUUGAUUUAAGAGGAUCACUAAACAAGCUGGAAAAUUUUACACUGGAUAGUUUAGCUAACUUAUGCAGUUUGAAAGAAUUAUACAUUAAUUCUACGGCAUCGAUACAAGAUUCUUGCGAAUGUUUACGAUUAAAUCAAUGGAUCAAAGAUAACAAAAUUUUCGGUUCGAAUGUAACUUGUGGUUCCAUCAAAAAUGAUAAAACUUGCAGCACAUCACCAUCGAGUACAUUUACUGAAACUUAUAACUCCUGCGUACUUAAGAGGAAGGUAACAACUUCCAUCAGCGUAGUUUCCACUGUUUGUUACAUUUUAGGAGGUUGCUUCGUAUGCGCGGUAUUGCUGAUUGAAUUAUAUAUCGUCUGUAAUCGAAAAAAUUACUCAGACGAUACAAUUCGCGCUUAUUUGUGUUGUAAAAGAAAAAUAAACGGAUGAACCAAUAGGCACAUAAGAAAAACGACGUUAUAAUUACCAUUGAAAUGUUCCUAAGAUACUCGUGUAUUUUCCAUAAAUUUGUAUUUUUAUAAUUCAUAUCGAGUAUAUAGAAAAUGUAAUGAUGCUACAUAAUUCAUAAAAAAUACUCUUAUUACGUGUCUGUAAUGUAGUACAAAAUCUAUACCAUCACUUUACAUGUAUUGUUUCACCAUAAUUAAUAGUUUUGAGAAAUGAAUGAUCAACUAGGUAGGAUACAAUCUAGGUAACCUAUCGAUUAAUUUCUUUGUUUGUGUUUUGCUAUAUGUACUUAUGUAUUUUAAUGCAACGUCCCAGUAGUAAUUGAGGCAGAAGACUGAUAAGAUUAGUUACGCAGAAAGAAGUCUUCAAAGAAUGAUAAUCUAUCAAGUAGUACAUACUUAAUUUCUGAAAAAAAGUUCCUCUUGUUAUAUACCUACAUGCAUAAAUAUAUGUACAACAGACCAUUGUUUUUACACUCGUAAUUUUCAUCAAAUUGCAAAAUAAAAAACUUGAACAUCGA